GCCACGCUGGGGUACGCCAAGAUAAAAACUCAGGUUCCCAGGCCCUGACAAACAAUACCCACCACAACAUCAGCGUCUGUGGUCGCUGUUGCUCCAGCCCAGACCCACGGCGCCCACCCAAGCCUUCGUCUGCUACCUGACCGGACUCGGCGCACACCUAUAGAUCCACCAUGUCCUGUGCAUUCGUGGUCACUAUGAUGCUUCUGGGCUCUUCAGCGGUGAUUGCUUUUGUGCUGCAGCCACCCAAACAAGAAUCUGCAGCGUCUGUUAUCUCUGCUGUGUCCCAUCACAGGUGCCAGGGGGAGUCUUUGCAGUCCGUCAGAAAGCGCCUCCUCAGGGACCUCAGCUUACAGACUGAGCCCCAGCUGCCCAGCGGUGCACUGGACGGUGUCAGGAAGCAGUGGAAGAGCGCCUUCAGGGCUGCGGUCGAACAGAGCCACGACGCUGCAGGUACAAGUGCCUCUGGUCACUCCAGCUCCUCUGAUGAUGGAAACCAGCUCCAGUGCUGCUCCAUGAACUCUGAGGUCUUCAUGACAGAUCUGGGCUGGGACACCUGGGUGAUCCAUCCUGACAGUCUGACCCUGGUCCAGUGUGCAGGGUGCAGCUCUGUGGGGAACGCUGUGCAGUGUCCACGGAGCCACACCAACACCCAGGACGCAACGCAGGCGCUGUGUUGUCAGCCCACCUCUCAGACCACCGUGCCCAUCGUCUACAUGGAUGAACUGGGCACCGUUGUCAUGUCGUCGGUGCAGAUGACCCAGAGCUGUGGCUGUGAGCCGCCCCCCCCCCAGCAGUAA